UUAAACCAACUUGACUGAAACGAGAGUGGGUCUGUCCAAGCGGAGAGACAUGGAGGGCACCAGAGCAACGAGUGUGUACGGGACUUCGCUCGCCGGAGGAGGCUUCGAUCUCCAAAAGUUUAUCCGACAGCCGCAAACCAUCGUGCGGCUCCUCAGCUGGCUGUUUGCCAUUGUGGUGUUUGCCUGCAUCGCCACAGAGGGCUACAUCAACCCAGCGUACAGCGCCGAGGCCAAGUGCAUCUUCAACCAGAACGACUCUGCGUGCCACUACGCCGUUGGCAUCGGGGUGAUUGCCUUCCUUGCCUGCGUGGGCUUCCUGCUGUUGGACGUUUACAUGCCUUUCAUGAGCAACGCGCAGCAGAGGAAAUACGCUGCGAUGGCAGACCUCGGAUUCUCUGGGGUGUGGACCUUCUUGUGGUUUGUGUGUUUCUGCUUGUUGGCCAGUCAGUGGGGUCAAACACAUGAUGUCAGUGGUAUCCCCCAGGAUGCUGCACGUGCAACCGUGGCCUUCUCAUUCUUCUCCAUUGCCACCUGGGGAAUCCUAACCUACUUCGCCUUGGGCCGUUUCCGUCGAAGCCCAAACGAUGUCACCAUCCCGACCUACACCGAGCAACCUGAGGAUCAACACACCUCCUACCCACCAACCUAUGCCCCCACCUCCUAUAACCCCACGCCGUACACCCCCACCACGUAUGCCGCCUACCCCAGCAUACCUGACGUGACUCAACAGUCUCCCUUCGCCACUAACCUGCAGCCACAAGGCGGCGUGGGCUAUCAGCCACCCAAGUACUGACACACGGGGACGCGAUACGAAGCUCCUGGCUGCUUUGUUGGUAAAUGGCAUCCAGAUCCGUGUCAUAUUGAUACAGCUUUUCUCAUGUUGUUAACCCGACAAGUUGAGAUGAGGGACACUUGUAGAUCACGUCCAAGGGUCGAGCACUCUGGUCUGUGUUGAGAUCUUGACUUGAUCGGACAGAGUGCUGUGAUUGGCUAAUCGGACAUGUGUGCUAAAACGCAACACGUACCUCAAGCAGGCAGAAGGAAUGUACCCAGGAUGGUUGUUAUUGUGCCACGAGUGAGACACUGUUUGUCUUGCAUCUGUACAGAUGUCUUUGUGAAAUUCUGCCAUUUUAGUUGACUUAUGUGAAUUUCUCCAGUGAAUAAUUUAUCUUUACAACACGCAGAAGGUUGUACGUUGUUGAGUAAAAAGUAGUUGUGGCAGAAUCAGUGCUUUCUUCAGUAAAUUUUUUUUUGUUAAAUUUAGACAUUAUAUGGAUAAAUUCAUCAGCCAUAUGACCUUAAACAACCUUUGAGACAGUGGGAGUUUUUUUUAUACUUUUUCUAACAUAAAAUGUCUUUUGCGUUUGCCAUCUACAAAAGCAACUAUCGCUGUGUGACACACAGGUGCCCUGUAAAUGUGCGGCUUACUUUUAGAUAGAGACGGGAGGUGGGCGGGAAAGCAGAUAAUGCUGGAGCCAUUGAACAGUAACUCAUUAACAACAGAAAUGGGUCCUGGAAGCAAAGAACAGCCUUGUAGUUUCAUAAUAUUCUUCACGAGCUCUUCCUUGGACACAAUGGGUGUGUGCCACUUUGGGUUUCUUGUGCUAAAAGUGAUGCCAACAAUCCAGUAACAGGUGGUGCAUUAGGUACCUUCAGUGGGGGACUUAACCGCCCAGAAUUUUUUUUCAGCCGACACUGUGAAGGCCAGUACAAGUUACAAAAAAAAAAAAAUAAAAA